UCCCUCUCUCAUACACUCCCCUCUCGCCUGUCUGCUGCUUCAGUAUCAGUCUGGUCUCUCUGGUGAACAGACACACACUCACUCACUCACUCACUCACUCCAGGGAGGUUGGAUUACAACAGGGAUCACUAAACUCUAUUGAUCUUGCAGGAAGAUACACCAGAGUUCUCUCAUCAAGGAGAUUCACACACUAUCCCAGGAUCAACAUGGGGAGUAGUAUGUCAUGCGUCCCCCAACACAACUUCAGGUUCUCCAGCAAGAGCUUCAUACGGAGGAACAGCAGCCGCUUGUUCCGGAAAAAGUACCCACAAGAGGGCCAGGAGAAGUCCAAUAGCAUCAUCAACAUCCUCUGCACCAUCACCCCAAGAAAGGAAAUGUCACCCAAAGAUCUGCAGACGAUCGAAAACAUCAAAUGGGACCCUCCCUACGACCCAGCUAGUGGAUGGAAAAAGAGUAGCAUCAAUGUAAAGAACUAUGGCAGAAUGAUCCACAGCUCCAAGGUCCGCUUCCGCUUCCUGCACUGCCAGGACGUGCAUGACUGCUAUUUGGACCUGUUCCAAACACAUCUUCAUUUUGUCUCCAACAACACAACUGGACUCACAUACCAGGGAACACUUCCUCUCAAAGAGCUCACAAUUUGCAAGCUGCAGAACAAGAACAGCUUUGGUGAUAUGCAGGAAUUUGCAUUCCAGAUAAAUGGGGUCAGCUUGAACCCUAUCAUUGUGUAUUGCUCGACGGAGGAGGAGAUGAACAACUGGUUUGGCCUUUUGACUGAACAAAUCGAGGCUAAUGGCGGCACUGCAAUCACACCAGAGACAUACACAAGAAUUAAGGUGCAGUACUCAGAAGAGACCAAAGUGGAAAAAGAAGAGCUGAGGAACUCCAUCAGUAAAGAGCCCAUUUAUGAGUGGGAGGGCUCGCAACGAGAGAGUCUAGGGCCCAUUACUUACGUCACGAAAGUCAGGCUGCAACACAUGCCUUGUCAGGAGCAGUAUGAUCGUCUGCUGGUGUUGUAUCCCAACUAUCUCAUAAUUCUGUCAGAAGGGAGUGAUGGCCUCUUUUACAAGGGCAAACUUCCUCUCAAUAUGAUCACAGUUACAACUCCCUGCCAGGACAUCAAGCCCAACACAUUUAUGAUUGAGGGGAAGUUGAUAAACCCCAUCAUUGUGUCCUGUCUGGACAAGAGCGAGUUCAGUGACUGGAUCCUGUAUUUCAAAAGCGCUGACGUCCCGAUCCUCAGCCCUCCUCCCCCUGUCUAUGACAUCAUUUACACUCCAACACAGAAACAGGCUCCAGAGUUUGACAGGUGGAGCGGCAGCAGCCACGGAGCUACCGAACCACUACGGCAGUCCCAGCACAAACGCAGAUCCCAUGAGUUCCAGCUGCCCAGUGCUGAUGACAACCCUGUUUCCCCUGGAUAUGCUGAGCCUCUCUGUUUCAUUUCCAGUAGGCCCAGCUCCUCAGACAUGCAGUACUCAGCUCACCUGGGCAGCAGGAGCAGCAGCUUCUCUUCUCAUGUCCGACCGGCCCCUAACCACCGCCCUGUUUCACUCCACUACUCCUCCCCUCCACAGUCAUCGUAUCUCGCUUCAGAGGGGCCCAUGUCACCGGUUUACAACACGCCAUACAGUUCGGUGUACUGCAACGGCCCUGUUCAACGCAUCGAGAAGGCCCCGCUAGUCAAGUCAAACAGCUGGAGCACGCCGCAGACAAAUGUCAAACACCAGCUCUUAGUUCCUCACCGCCACUCAGACUUGAUCGGUCACCGGAAACCUCUCUCGCCCCUUUAUGACGACCCCAGCACCCCCAGUAUGUUCCCUCUUGAGGAGAGCGCUGCACAUGCAUCGCACUCUUCUCGGGCCUCCAUGGAGCAUUCGUAUCCUCCUCUCCUUCCUUCCUCUUUCCGGCUGUGCACUCCCCCUCUUGGGCGGAAAAAUAGACAUGGCCAGGCCCUGGAGCCCGAGGUGGGCAGCAGUCAGUGGUCUGAUGAUCUACGUGCUCAGGCCGUUUCCAAACUCAAGUUACUGCCCGCCCCAAACCGACAGCCAGAACACAACCACAUCUCUCAGAGAGGUUUCACAGGUCACAUUGUCAUGGAGGCGCAGCAGAUAUCUUACAGUUACACGCCAGAUGACUCUUACCUUCAGCCGGUGGAUCCAGAUGACCAGGAAAUAGACUAUGAUAACAUAUGGGAAUUUGACCCAGAUAAUAGGAGGAUUCAAGCCCUGCCUGGAACUUCUCCACACCGGACACUGGCUUACUUUGGAGCUCAAGGACUGGGCGCUAUGACAACACAGCAGAGAUGGUCAUAAAAGAGAACAAUGGGCUUAUGCCCGUCCGGACUUGCACACAUAGCAGACUAAUCAAGCCACACAUGCACACUGGGCAUGUUUUCACCAAGGGCUGGCAUGCCAGAGUAUCUGAAUUCUCACAGUUUGGUUAUUCAGUGGCUUUAUGACAUAUUUUGCACAUGUAAUAUCCUUCAAUUUAGGGGUGCUGAUUUCAGACUGCUGUAUGCAUUCGGUACGAAUUCGUGUAUUACUCACUGAUGCAUCUAUGUAUAUAUAAAUAUAAGAAAAAAUACUUAAGGUAGCAUUUUGGAGUUUUUGAAUUUAAUUUAGUUUGUGAUUCUUACAAACUUUUGGAAAUUGUGAUUAAAAGCAUUUUUUUGUACAUACCAAAUGUAAAUAUGCUAUUUUUUUCUAUUUAAGUUUUAAAUAUACGUUUUUAUUAUUAUCAUUAUUUUUAUUUUAUUUAUACUUUUCAUAUUUCAUUAUGGCCUUCUGCUUUUUGUUGGAAAAAUCUAUUUGUCCUGUGGAGGUCAAAGCUAUUCAUUAGAAAAUAAAUAAAUCUGAACUGCUUUUGUAUUGUUGUGACAAAUAAACACAAGUGAUAAAACAAUUGUAACACCGCAUCUGUCCACUUUAAAUAUGUACACGUUGUUCAGUUUACAUUUUGAACGAUUUUGAAAUGUAUUUUUGCUAAUAAAAAGUUCCCAGAACACCUUUAUUCUUUAC